AUGACUGCCAUAUUUUUGAUAGCAUCUGUAGUGGGUACGGGGGAUCGUGGAGCGUACGAAAGAAUGCUUCUUUACAGCGCAUACAUUGCUGAAGAGUUCGACAAGCCAGCCACCUUUACCAUUUUACCUGGUUGUGCCGGGAGUCGAAUCGUGGAAACAAUAGCUGUCCCCAGGUGCACUUUUUAUGAAAUGUGCCGCCAUAUAUGGCACGAGAGUAAGCAUCAGCCUGUUAUGCCAGCAGCCGGUGAACCUCCAACCGAUCCGGCGAAAAGAAAGCAAUGGUAUAUACAAACACUCGGUGAUCACUUUGUCAACAAAAAAACCAAUGAGGAGGUAUUCAGAAUCGGCCUUAGGCCGGAGCAGGACGGCCAGAGGUUUGCCACGAGUUGGGUAGGCAAUCAGCCUGGGCUUGAAGGGAAAAUGGUCAGAGAGAAGUGGGAUCAGUGGAUGAAUACCGGCAAGAUGGCCAGCGGCGCUACGAGCUUGCCUGAAGUAUUCGAAAAGAUUGGGAAGGUAGUAUCAACAGCACGCUUGAACCUGUUUAACCAAAAUCGAGAGCUCGCAGCACCCCAGACCGCACUCUUUGCGUUUGCAGAAGAAGUCGGCACCAUCGUCGAGAAUCUGAGAGUUGAAGACAAUGAGAAGUGGAGGACUGGAGCUGUCAUCGGUCCUGAUUCUGGACGCGGAGCGAUAGCUGAUCGACUCAAAGCCACACCCGAGUUCAUUGCUGGACUAACCGCAGACGAAUUGAAGAACUUCGCGGUAGAAGUGAAGCUGAGCCCAGUGGCGUCUAAGCGUGGUACUAAGCCAUGGCCAAUCUUCGACCCCGUUGCCACUAAGGCAAAAUGGGGGGAGAAGGUCAAGGAUAUCGAAGCCGUGAUGACCAGAGUUAGCGAUACCUAUAUGCGUGAGCCGGCGCCGUCGGAACACAACUUACAGAUUGAUGCGAUAAGGAAGACCAAUAGGCAGAUUAAGAACUGGGACUCGGAGAUAAAGGGUCUCUGUACUCUGUAG